AUGCAUCAACUGCAGUUGACGACAUGUUACACGAUGAUGUCAUCUCAUCGUCGUCUAGCCCCAUGGGCUGCUCCCGUUGUUCUUGCCCCCAAAAAGGAUGGUACUCUCCGUUUUUGUGUGGACUAUCGUAAACUUAAUGUGCUUACUGUAAAGGAUGCAUAUCCCAUUCCCCGGGUAGACGAUACCCUUGAUUCACUGCAGCAAGCCAAGUUUGUCUCCACUUUGGAUCUGCGUUCCGGCUACUGGCAAGUUGAAAUGGAUCCUGAAAGUCGUGCUAAAAUCGCAUUUGUCACUCCUCGAGGUUUAUUUGAGUUUAAUGUUAUGCCCUUUGGUCUUUGCAAUGCUCCGGCUACGUUUCAACGCCUUAUGGACAUUGUUCUGGCGGGUCUAAAAUGGCAGUCAUGUCUGGUUUACAUUGACGAUAUUAUCAUUUUUUCUCCCACGUUCGAACAGCACCUCCUAGACCUCGAGGCUGUUUUCUUGCGCCUAAAAGAAGCCAACUUAACCCUUAAAGCGUCCAAAUGUGAGUUUUGUCGCAAAGAACUGAAAUAUCUAGGACAUCUCAUUACCCCUGACGGAAUAAAGCCUGAUCCAUCACUGGUUUCCGCGGUUCAACGUUUUCCUCCUCCUCAAAAGAUCAAGGAUCUGCAGUCCUUUUUGGGAUUAACGGGUUAUUACAGACGUUUCGUUAAAAAUUACGCCAAAAUCGCUGAGCCUCUCCUCGUUCAACUUCGUAAAAAUCCCUCUCGUUCCUUCUUCUGGGAUUCUGACUGUCAAGCUGCUUUUUGUCUUCUUAAAGAUAAACUUACACAUGCCCCGAUUAUGAACGUACCUAAUUUUUGUCAUCCCUUUAUUCUUGAAGUGGAUGCCUGCGAUUACGGUCUGGGAGCAAUCUUGGUUCAGGAAUACGAUCAACAUAAGUAUGUGAUCGCUUAUGCGAGUCGCACAUUGACCCCCGCUGAACGCAAAUAUGGAGCUACGGAAAAGGAAGCUCUAGCGAUUGUCUGGGCUACCAAGCAUUUUCGACCAUAUAUUGAAGGAGUUCAUGUCACUGUCCGCUCCGACUGCAAAGCACUUCAGUGGUUAAAAAACUUCAAAGACUCUACAGGACGUUUAGCUCGUUGGGCCUUGAAACUCGAUGCUUUCGACCUUACCAUCGAACAUCGCUCUGGCAAAACUAAUGAAAAUGCUGACGCGUUAUCUCGGUAUCCCGUUUCUCACUCGUCGUCACAGCCCGAUCCCCAGCAUCAAAUCAAUCUUUUAGAUUUUGCCGUCAAUCUCUGGCUGUAG